AUGCUCGCGUUACAAGGAUACAACAGCAGCGACGAUGAAGGUCCAGUUGAUACCCAAGUGGAGACUAGUAAUAAUGACAAAAUAAACAGUGAAAACAGUGUCGCGAUAUCUAUGAAAAUUUGUGCUGCACCUGACGUAGUACCUACAGGCACUGAAUUGUGUGUUAGACACGUUGAUUCUACAGUGAGUGAGUUACCGUAUAACCCAAAAUACGACGAACUAUUUGCUCCAGAGGUAGGCCCGACAAAUCCGUUUAAAACUCAGCAGCAGCGAGCUCCCAAAAAUAUACUGUCGGGUUAUGUGGAAAAAGCUGUCAUUAGUGAUUUUCAGUUUGAAAAUCAAAGAAGAACUUUUGCUAGUUAUGGUUACGCAUUGGACCCCACGAUAGAUGGAAGCGCCGAAGAAGGCCGAACGUUGAUAGGUUCACCCUCAGUCGCAGAAGAAAACAACUCUAAAACAGUCUUCGAGCGAACAGAACUUCGUCCAGCCGACAAACGAAAACGCCACAGAAAUGACGACCCUCAAGACAUUGCAGGGUUCCUGGGCCCUUGGGGUGGCUACGUCGACGAGAAAAAAGUAAUGAAACCCACUGAAGAAGAGGCUGCCGAGCUCGAGGAAAUUCUCGCCAAGAAAAACAAACGCGGCAAGCAAGUAGAGGAAAAACCUCUCGAAGAAAAGACUGUUCUGCACAUAAAAGACCCUCUGGACUACCAAGGUCGUUCCUUCCUCCACGCUCCCCAGGACGUUGGCGUGAACCUUCGGUCAGACUCGCCUCCGGACAAAUGUUUCUUGCCCAAGUCCCAAAUCCACACCUGGGAAGGCCACACCAAGGGAAUUUCCCAGAUCAAGUGGUUCCCAAAAACUGCUCACCUUUUGCUUUCCUGCAGCAUGGACUGUCGUGUGAAGCUCUGGGAAGUCUAUAAGGACCGAAGGUGUGUCAGAACUUACUAUGGACACCGACAAGCUGUUCGCGACAUCAGCUUCGACAACGACGGCUCCAGAUUUUUGUCUGCGGGCUAUGACCGAUACGUAAAGCUCUGGGAUACCGAGACCGGAGCUUGCAUCAGCAGAUUCACCAGCAGGAAAAUUCCCUACUGCGUCAAGUUCAACCCAGACCAUGACAAGCAGCAUCUGUUUGUAGCAGGAACCAGCGAUAAAAAGAUCAUCUGUUGGGACACCAGAUCUGGAGAAAUCACUCAAGAAUAUGACAGACAUCUGGGAGCUGUCAAUACGAUUACUUUUGUUGAUGAAAAUCGCCGGUUUGUAACUACUUCUGAUGACAAGAGUCUCAGGGUCUGGGAAUGGGACAUCCCGGUUGAUAUGAAGUAUAUUGCGGAUCCAACGAUGCACUCCAUGCCUGCAGUCACUCCGUCGCCCAAUCAAAAAUGGCUGGCUUGUCAGAGUAUGGAUAAUAAAAUUGUCAUCUUCUCUGCUUUGAAUCGCUUCAAGAUGAAUAGGAAGAAAACUUUCACCGGGCAUAUGGUUGCUGGUUAUGCUUGCGGGUUAGACUUUUCGCCUGAUAUGAGCUACUUAGUAUCUGGUGAUGCUGAUGGCAAAUGUUACUGUUGGGACUGGAAGUCUACUAAGCUGUUCAAAAAGUGGAAAGCUCAUGACGGUGUUUGUAUUUCUACGCUCUGGCAUCCUCAUGAACCAUCCAGGGUUGCUACUGCUGGUUGGGAUGGAAAGAUAAAAUAUUGGGACUAA